AUGUUAAUACCCGCCGGUGGGGUCGGUUUAUGGUGCUGCUGCUGCUGCUGCGGAUUGCGGAGCCCGAGACAGAUGUUGCGCCAUCAGAGCCUCCUCAAAUGCCGCUGCCGCAUGUUGUUCAAUGACCUGAAAGUCUUCCUGCUCCGGAGACCCCCCGCGCCCCCUCCUCCCCUCCCCAUGGACAGCGGAGCCCCCCGCCCGGGCGGGCCGGCGGCCAACACCGCCACCCUGCCCGCGCUGCAUGGGGGGCGAGGGGGCGCCUGGAGGGCGCCGGCCGCAGGCGGGGGCGGCCCGGCCAGCCCGCCCGAGGAGGAGUGGAGCAGCCCGGCCGGCGAGCCCCCCGCCUCCGCCAUGAGCAGCGCGUCCUCGGAGGACUUCUGCAAAGGGAAGGCGGAGGACAGGUACUCGCUGGGCAGCAGCCUGGACAGCGGCAUGAGGACCCCGCUCUGCAGGAUCUGCUUCCAGGGGCCCGAACAGGGGGAGUUGUUGAGCCCGUGUCGAUGCGAUGGAUCGGUGAAAUGCACGCACCAGCCUUGUCUGAUCAAAUGGAUCAGCGAGAGAGGCUGCUGGAGCUGCGAGCUGUGUUACUACAAGUAUCACGUCAUUGCCAUAAGCACAAAGAACCCUCUGCAGUGGCAGGCCAUCUCUCUGACAGUCAUUGAGAAGGUUCAGAUUGCAGCAGCCAUCUUGGGUUCCCUCUUCCUCAUCGCCAGUAUCUCGUGGCUCAUCUGGUCGACCUUCAGUCCUUCCGCCAAAUGGCAGCGCCAGGACCUGCUCUUCCAGAUCUGCUAUGGAAUGUAUGGCUUCAUGGACAUUGUCUGUAUAGGUCUAAUAAUACACGAAGGGCCCUCGGUUUACCGGAUUUUCAAACGGUGGCAGGCGGUAAAUCAGCAGUGGAAAGUGCUGAACUAUGACAAAACAAAAGACAUGGAGGAUCAAAAAACAGGGACCAGGACAAACCUCCGAACCUCCUCCCAAACCAACCAUUCGUCCUCCACCGGUGGUACAGCCAGCAACUCCGCUCCAGCCGACAACGGGGUCCGGGGCACUAGCCACGCCACCGGUACUCUGUCUGACCACCACUGUGCUUACACCAUCUUGCAUAUACUCAGCCAGCUGAGGCCUCACGAACAGAGAAGCCAGUCUAGCACUAACAGAGAGCUCGUCAUGAGGGUCACAACAGUCUGAGCGACGGAAUUCAGGAGGCCUUAACGCGAAGUGGAGGAGACAACUCAAGAGCAGAGAAGCAUGGUGUGCCUUUCAUUUUCUGGGUAGCUGCGCAAGGCGUAUAAGCAGCGCUUGGCCAACUGAGGAAGAAGAAGGUGGAGACAGAGCUGCACACACAUGCUAAAGAGGUUAACGUUUUCCAGCCAGUAAAUAUUAUUUUUAAAAAAAUCAACAAAACAAGUGCAAUACGGACUAACAACUGACUAGGUGGAGGUUUGGGAAGUAGAGGAACAGCCGGUAUUAGCAUGUCUUACAAGUUCUAUUAGCUGGGAUGGGUAAUGUUCUGCAAACACACACACACACACACACACACACACAGUGUGGGAUGAUUACAAACAGAAGGGGAAUGAUGGAAGCGACGUAUUCGGAGGAGUUUUCAGAUUGUGUUAAGCAGGGAUCUGAGUCAUCGUUUUGUUUCGUAAAUCAAUCCAGAGCCCUGUAUUACUCGCAAUAGAGUAUUUCCGCUGAAGGGGCUGGGGCUUUUUCAGUUUUAAUAUUAAAAAAAAAAAUCUGUCCAUAUGUCACCAAAACAAAAAUUGGCAAGAGGUCUGGAGAAUGGCACUGGGAGAGGGGUUGAUGGACUUUUUUUUUUUUUGGCAAAGUUUGUACAAAUGCGCUGUGGGUGUUUGAAGCACAAGCACUGAUCCAAUGACCCCCAAACCCCACCUUCAU